UGACGUACCCUGCGUGUCACGGCAUCUGGAGGAACUGGGCACCGCCGCUGGAGAGGUCGAGGCUCGCUACCUUGGCCUUAUGUGGUAGCUACGCGGGCGCCGUCGUGGGUAUGCCUGUCUCUGCCUGGCUCACGGAGGGAAUAGGUUGGCCCGCACCCUUCUACUUCUUCGGUAUGGUUGGUGUCACGUGGGGGUUCUUCUGGUACUGGUUGGCGUUUGAGAAGCCAGCGACCCAUCCCACCAUCAGCGCCAGAGAGCAGCAGUACAUUGAGGAGAGUCUCGGUAAACAGCGGUUUAAGCAGCCCACAUUCUCCACGACACCCUGGAGAGCGUUCGCCACCUCGAUGCCAGUGUGGGCGAUCGUCGUGGCCAACAUCGCCCGUUCGUGGACCUUCUACCUCCUCAUCAUCUCACAACCUCAGUACUUCAAGGAGGUCUUCGAAUACGAUAUAGCCAAGAGCGGGACCAUCUCGGCCUUGCCUCACCUGGUCAUGGCCAUCAUAGUGCCGUUCGGGGGUCAACUUGCCGACUACUUCCGUAAGAACAAAAUCAUGUCAACGACGACUGUGAGGAAGCUGUUCAACUGUGGCGGCUUCGGGAUGGAGGCGAUAUUCCUGAUGGUGACCGCCUUCAGUAGAGACACCAGGGUCGCCAUUACCUCCCUCACCAUCGCUGUUGGCUUCUCCGGCUUUGCUAUAUCAGGUAAAGUGAGUUUGAAUUCACUAGGUGAGGAUGAAGACGUGUGA